UGCCACCCUGCCUCCGGCCCUGACGGGGGCUGCCGCGCGCGCCCGCCCGCCGCGCGCCGGCCCCGCGUGCCGCGCCCAAGGCGCUGCACGCGCGUGCCUCGGCGCUCGGCGGCACGGGGGGGCCGCGUGCGCGAUGGCGGCCUUCUCGGAGGGCACGGGCCUCAUGCAGGGGGACUUCCUCGACGGUGUCGUGGAGUCGGCGCUGCGCGGCAUGGUCAGCCAGCUCAAGGCAGAGUACCGGAAGGAGCUCGGCAGGGCCUUGAAGACGGCGACCUCGGAGGGGGCCGUGAGGGCCAGCGUCGAUCCCGUCGACGAUCCCAUGGUCACGGUACCUGCUUUGAAUACGCCAGAGGAUCAGUUCAGCGAGGAUCAGAAAGGAAAGCCCAGUCAGCUGAAGACUGCGAGUAGUACGCCAGUGGUUCAUUUCAGCGAGGAUCAGAAGGUUAGAACCAGUAAGCUGAAUCCUGCGAGUGCCGAUUCCUCCAUAGGUAACGUUGACAACGUCGAGCCCAUCUGGUUGACUCCGGAAUGCUCGGAUGGGGAGCGGUCGUCUGGAAAGGUAUCGACGAGAGCCUGGAGAGAGACCUUGUGGAGCAAAAGCAAUGGCAACGGAAGGGGUGAGCGAACAACCGUGACGGGGCUGUGGGAGGAGACCAUGGACAAGCUACCAGAAGAUAUGAGGACUAGCAAAGUAGUUCUGACCAAAGAGGACCAGAAGGAAAUAGUUCGUCUCAGGGCCGAACAAAUCAAGCGGGAGGAGGCUGCAAAGGCGAUCGUGAGAGAUUUUACGUUCAUUGUCGAACCAGCCCCGGACGAUGCCAGCAGGUGCAAGAAGCUUUGUUUCAAUAUUGUCGCAAGCCAGCGAUUCGAUUUCGGCAUGGGUUUCGUCAUUAUGUUGAACGCCCUGGCGAUAGGCUCGGAAACUGCCAUUUCACGACAUGGGGGUCAGCUCCCAGCGUCCCUUCACAUCCUCGAGUACACGUUUCUUCUCCUCUAUAUCGUCGAGCUGUCUAUGAGAGUCUACGUCGGUGGACUGGAGGCGUUCUCGAACAACUGGGUGAGGUUCGACGCUGUGAUGGUGGCCGCAGGUAUUCUGAACUUCCUGCUCACGGUGACGUUCUUGGGUGGCGACACGGCAGCUGGUCUGGCGGACAACAUCAACAUGAUAAAGAUGAUUCGGCUUUUCCGCCUCGCGAAGACCGUUCGGGUGUUCCCCCAGUUCCGCACUUUGUGGAUGCUCGUCCAGGGGGUGAUGUACGCAGUCAUGCCGAUGAUCUGGACGGCCAUCCUGAUGACAGUUGUAAUAUACGUGUUUGCUGUCAUUGCUAUGGAAAUUAUCGUUGUCUCGGAUGAGGAAGAUGGCUAUAGCAUCGCUGCGCGCAACUAUGAUACCUUGGGGGGGGCCAUGAUGACUUUGAUGCAGUUCAUGAUGUUUGACAGCUGUGCCAUCAUAUACAAGCCAAUCAUAACGAUGAAACCUUGGCUCAUUGUCUACUUUGUGGUAUACCUCCUGGUCGGUCCCAUUGCGCUCCUGAGCAUCGUUAAUGCUAUCCACUUGCCAUCGAGUCUUCCCUCCGCCUUGCCAACGAGGAUCAGGAGGCAAAGAAGGUGUGGGAGCAGGUGCGACGAAAAGAAAUGAUGCCCAAAUUGAGACAAAUGUUCAUCGAUCUGGAUACAAGCGGAGAUGGAGAGGUGGACCUUCAGGAGAUUUUGAAUGCUCCGCCUUAUAUCAAGGAGACUAUGCAGCACAUUGUCGGCCUGGGCGAGCUCGAGGAGAUAUUCAAUUUGCUGGACUACGACGGGAGCGGAAGCGUAGACAUUGAAGAAUUCGUUGAAGGAAUAUUGCGUUCGAAGGCAGAGAAAAAGGCUGAACUCUUCGUGAUUCUAAAGCAGGGCAAAGCAAUUUUGAAUAGGCUAAAUGCUUGGAAAGUGAUGCCAACAGGAUCAGUACGUUCGUCCGCUGCUUUGCGGGUAUCAGCUCAGGUUGCCACCGAUGAGUCUGCCUCUCGGGCAUGUCCGGCAUCAGACAUAUCUUGAAUUCGUUCGCAUGGCUUUCCAGUUGGCGGAAAAGUUCAGCGAUUUUCCCAUACACUUGAGGCCUCGAGCCACAGUGUUGCUGAUCAUUGUGGGUGCAUGCUAACGCCAGCACCGCAGCUGUGUUUCCGAUCGUGGUUUUCACGAUUCGUCAUUACCACUUCCAGUACGAUUGUUGUUCGACAUAUCCGUGCUCUUUUGUGCGGCAUUGCUGCUCCCUGCUCUUUUGCGCGACAUCUCCGUCGUGCUCCCGUCCUCCAGGUGUUUGUGCUCUUCAGACCUAUGCCGCAUCUUGAGAGCUCCAGUUGCCUCCACUGGAGAGUAUAGCUCUCCAAGCGCUUCCUGCAAUUGCUGCUGAUUCGCGCGGCGGGGGCUUACCCCUCCACCGGUUGGGAAACCGAUCUUCGAAAACCCGGGGGGGGAGGGUGGACAUGAAUAUGUCACCCCCUCGGGUCCAGAUAUAUCCAUAUCCACCGCCCCCCUGGGUCCCAGGAAUAUCUCGUUUGCAGGCGGUUGAUCUGGAUAAAUCCCCGCUUCGCAUGCUAUUGGCCAGGCAGCGUGGUGCCGCGAAUCGCUGGCGGGCCUCCUUCGGCGACAGUGGCCUUUGAAUCCGAA